AAGAGGAUGAUCGAUGCGGUUAUCCGCUCCAACUCCAAAGAGUGUUUCUGAGAGCCAGAAACUACGUGGAACCUAAACAGUAAACACUCUGGCGAUCUAAACGGCAAUAACGGUGAAGUGAAAAGGACGAUCGUGUCACUUCCGAACUUGCCGUUGGAGCUUCGAAUCUCUAUCGCUAGCUAUAUCUCGCAAGACGCAUAUUUUGCACACGGCGCCAGAGAGACAGAGAUUUCCUCCUACAAACAACACAGAGAGAGAGAGAGACAGAGAGAGAGAGAGUUUUAUUUGGUUCAGGAAAAUACGAUUCCGGCCCAUCACUUUCUGUUCACUGCCAUCUCCUUUUCUACAAACUGUUCGCGGGGUCUAGCUUUCCCUGUUCUGAUUGCAGGGUGACAAAAGAAGUUAUGCUAAAAGAGAAGAGCUUGUUCAAGGAAUUUUUAAAGGCUUGGAUUUAAGUUUAGUUCCUUGGAAUUUUUUGAAGUUGUUUGGUGCUUGAUGAAAAUUUGAGGAUGGGAGAUCACUUUGUAUUGCUGGUGGAUCGCUUGCUCACCGAGUCCACUUUAGAGGCUACAAUUCAGAGCAGUAAACGGUCCAUGCAAGCCACAUCUUCCGCAAUUGACGACAAGAAAACCGAUGAUAACGCUGCCCAGAAGGUGGAUAAUAGAAAUAUGUCGUCUUCAAGCAAACUGGUGGAGUGCAGGAUAUGUCAGGAUGAGGAUGAAGAUUCAAAUAUGGAGACGCCCUGCUCUUGUUGUGGCAGCUUGAAGUAUGCCCACCGCCGAUGUAUACAGAGGUGGUGUAAUGAGAAGGGUGAUACUAUCUGUGAGAUAUGCCACCAGGAAUUUAAGCCUGAUUACACUGCUCCUCCCCCACUAUUUCAAUUUGGACGUGUUCCAAUGAACUUCAGGGGAAAUUGGGAGAUACCUAGAAGAGACUUGCAUAAUCCCCACAUUAUAGCAAUGGUUUCAUCAAACCGUAACUUCAUCAAUCCAGAUUACGAUGAGCAUUCAUCUUCUACUACAAGAAGUUCGAUAUGUUACCGUUUUGUUGCUUUGACGUUUAUGGUUCUUCUGAUUUUACGGCAUACUCUUCCCGUCAUUAUAAGUGGAAACAAUGAGUACUCUUUCUCACUGUCUAUGUUGUUACUUUUUCGUACUGCUGGGCUUGUUCUUCCCAUCUACGUUAUGGUGAGAGUAGUAACUACUUCUCUUCAGCGCCGCCGACUUCAUCAACCUUCCACUUCAUCGGAUGAAGCAAUCGAGCGUUCAACACUGCAGCCUCAGCCUCAUAUCAUUCGUAUUCAUGUAUAGCCCCGCAAAUUGAAGAAGAAGCUUCACAACAACAAAAAACUUGGAGUAAUAGGCUUGCGAGGAGUAGUAUCUGCCAAUCUUUUUAUUGUUCUUGUUUCAAAGUUUGAUCGGAAAGAAAACUGGCAAUUAGGAUGCAAUCCUUUCAUCGGAUUAAGUGAGAUGAUUGUUAAUGUAAUUCCACACAAAAAAUGUGGAUCAAAGACACCAUUGCAAGAAAAUACGAGCCUAGAUUGGAGAUGCUGUUUAGCCUGUUUUGCUUCACUAUCUU